AUGCCACAGAAAUCACGAUGGAGCGUUUCUAUUCCGGAGGUGGACAUUCCGACCUAUCUAUUCGGCUCCCCUACAGCCCCACUAGGCGAUGCUCUCGCCUUUGCUGAUGCUGAAGACCCAGAGAAACUGUACAUGACUUGGACUGAGCUGCGUCUCUGGUCCCAGCGUUUUGCUGCUGGAUUAAAGGCCGCGGGAUUAAGAGAAGGCGAUCGAGUUAUCAUUCUCAGUGGCAACGAUGUUCUAUUCCCCGUCAUCAACCUUGGCAUUAUCAUGGCUAGUGGCAUCUACCAGUCUGCGAAUCCACACUUCAAUGCCCGCGAGUUGGCAUAUCAGCUGGACCUUACCACGCCAAGGUUCAUGCUGGCGAGUGAAGUAACUCUGGCCUGCGCUCUUGAGGCCGCCAAAAUGGUAGGCAUGGAGCGGGAGCGUGUUUUCGUGUUUAACGAUGCUCCAUUAAUCAAGGAUGGCGGCGGCGAUGAUAAUUCUAAAGCUGGAGUGAAGCAUUGGAAGCAUUUACUAGCGCCGAAAGAGGUAGGCAGGCGUUUCGUUUGGAAGAAGCUAACCCCGGAUGAAUCGAAGUCGACAACUGUCUAUACGGUAAUGACCUCUGGGUUCGUCACCGUGGGAUUUCUUCAUGUCUCCGAAAAUACUAAUAGUAUGAUUGGUAGAACCACUGGUCUUCCAAAAGCAGCGGAGGCGUCACAUUACGGCAUUCUCGCAAAUUGCGUUCAGACGGAUUUCGUUAUGAGCCUCGAUCCUAACCUCCGCACGAAGGAGCUGGCGGCCAAAAAUUCCAGGUGGUUGUGCACCAUUCCGCUCUAUCACGGCCUGGCAAUGUGCUAUUUCUGCACCAUUUCUAUCGCUAGACGGGUCCCUUCGUAUAUCAUGCGGCAAUAUGAGAUCAACCGUAUGCUAGAAAAUAUCCAGAGGUUUCGUAUCACGGAGCUGCACCUUGUGCCGCCCAUCAUCGUUGCCAUGACCAAACAUCCUGCGUUGAAGAAUGGCAAGUAUGACAUCAACAGUGUUACCAAGACUUUUUCGUGUGCAGCACCGUUAGGUCCAGGACCGACUUUGCAGUACGAAUCGCUUUGGCCCAAGGGACACGUAAAUGUCAAGCAGGGCCUUGCAUCCACUGAAUCCUGCUGCAAUUCUAUCGGUUGGGAUCCUACCCUAACGGCACUAGCUGGCUCCGUUGGCGAGCCCAUGCCGAACUGUGAGAUUAAGCUGAUGGAUGAUGAGGAGAACGAGGUUACGCCGGGGCAAAGUGGGGAGAUAUGGUUCCGUGGACCGAACAUAAUGAAGGGUUACUGGCAAAACAAAAAGGCGACUGAUGAGACUAUUACCCCAGACGGGUGGUUGAAGACAGGAGAUGUGGCACGCCAGGAUGAAAAUGGGUGGUAUUAUGUCGUGGACCGAAAGAAGGCAAGUCAUGGUGGACAUGUGAGUGAAGCCGAGCACAACGACUGA